GGUAUCUUGCAUCUUGUAUCUUGUAUCUCUACAAGUUAAUCUUCAAACCUCAAUCUCCCAUCUCCUGAAUAUCAGCAAUCAUCCGACUGCCGCCAUCAAUCAUUCCGACAUCCGCCCUUCCACCCGUCCUUCCACCCGUCCUUCCGUCCGGCCAUCCUUACAAUCGGCUUAUCGAUAAGCCAACCUGCUCGAUCCCUCGACACGACCACCUCCCACCCCGUGGCCGUGAUACCCAGCUACCAUGUUCAUGUUCAUGUUCCCAUGUUCCCAUGUUCCCAUGUUCCCUAGUACAAUGUCCUCUCGUCAGCUCCAUCUGUCUUCUGCACAGCGGAGGCACAAUCACAAAUCCCACGAUAAUGCUCUGUCGGUACAAAUGAAUGCGCCAACACAUCUCUGCACAACUUGAAAAGUAAAGUGGAAAGGGGAAAGCACCCCGUAAGUGAAAAGUGGGAAGACACACAUGCUUUUACUCAAAUCGGCCAUCUCGGCCAUCCAUAUCUAGAAUGUAUCCUCGAUUCUCCAUUCACAAAUCCAAGACCAAGGCAAGUCUCCCAUACAUAUAUCGGUCUCCAUAUCGGCAUCUUAUUGCACAAGCACAUGUCACUCGCUCACUUAGCACGCUCCCAUAUUAUCUGUUCUUGUCCUACGACAUCGAAUUGAUCUAGGCCGUGGUGCGUAUAAUCUCUCAUCCAUCGUUUGAGCGAUGAGAAGAAGCUACUAGGUAUGAGAUGCUACACACAUGUAAAUCGCUCAUUUUUAUCCCUCAAUUCUUUGCCCUCUCUACCUAGCCAUCUCUCGUUACAUCUCUCCUUCGAGAUCUUCAGAGCAAAGCUCACCAGAGUCCCCAAUUCCACAUGCGAAACUCAUCCAUCGACACACCACACAUACAAAUGCCAAUAAUAGCAUUGUCUCAUCUAGAGAAGCAACAUACAAUUAAUAGUACUUGUAACCACGAUACACCUUUAUGACAACACAAAUCUUUCGCACCAUUAGCUAGCUAGCAAGCAGGAAAAGUAACCAUUUGCGAGUAGAACAAAACAGACCUCCCCAAAAAUGACCAACGAUCGCCUCACCUUCCCUACCUAUCUUCUCCCCUCCUUCUCUUUCCCCUUUCGUCGUCGCACAUCCUCUCCUAACACAAAAACCGCAUCGCUCAACACAAGUCCAAGCGCAAAUCCUUUGGUCCCAGGAUUAAGCUAUUCGCCUACGAGUAGCUGUAACGAAACUCCCCUCGCGUCACCUACAUCGGGGAGUUUUCUCUCGCGCAUUCCAUCUACUUCCACCCACAAGAGUGGGAGUGGGAGCUGGAGUGAGAAUGAGAAUGAGAAUGAGAAUGAGAACGAGAACGAGAACGAGAGUCAUGAACCCCCAUACGCUCUCACCUCUCCACCUCCCUCCAAACCUCUCCCUCGACCACAUCUCUCCCGUCCCUUACCCUCUACAAUACGCUGUCUUACCUGCUCCACCCACAUCUCCUACUCCUCGCAAAUAGUCUCCAAAGGCUUCACCGGUCGCCACGGCCGCGCCUAUCUCGUUGCUCCGCCUCCUUCUUCCCCAGUUCCUCAAAUUCCUCCCUUUCCACCCACUGCUCACGAUCGCUCUAAAAAUAUCUCCAACGUCCGAAUCGGUCGUCCUGCGAAUCGAGAAUUGUUAACGGGUCAUCAUGUCGUCGCAGAUGUGAACUGUGCGGUUUGUAAUACAUUGUUAGGAUGGAAAUAUGUGGAUGCGAGGGAGGCGGGCCAGAGAUAUAAAAUUGGAAAGUUUAUUUUGGAAACCAAGAGGGUGGGUGUUGUGGAGACGUUUGAGGAUGAGGAUGUGCGGACUCACUCGCUUGAUUUUCAGGGGGAGGAUGAAGAUGCUCGGAGAUUGGUGGGGAUGGGGAUGGGAAAUUUGGGGAGAGAAGGAGUGGGUGGAUCGGGGAGAUUUGGAGGAAGGAAGAGAGAUGGAGAAUUACAUGCAUUGAAUGUGGAAACGAAAGAAGAGGAAGAUGCAAGGGGGUGGGUGAAUUUUGACUCGGAAGAUGAUGAUGAGUGUGAGGAACUUUUUGCGGGGGUUUGGGAUGCUGAGGUGGCGCAGAAAAGGAGGAUUAGGAGGGUUGAUCGGAGGAGGAAGGAGGUGGAGAGGGAGAGGUUGGCGAGUAAGGAUAGUGGGGUGGGGGGACUAUAGGGGGGGGAGGGAGCUACAAAAAUGGGAAUAGGAAGGGGUGGGUGGUAAUAUAUAAUUCGAAUUACUAUGAGAUCGGAGGGGGAGGAGGAACUUGUAUGCGUUUCGCUGCGAUGCGAUGGGUUGUGAUGUUAUGUGAGGUGAUGGGGUUUACGACUACAAUAUGAUUUAUGACGGAAAGAAAGAGGGAAAGAAAGAUGGAUGGAUACAUUUACAAGGAAGGAAAGAAAGAAAUA